AUUAGGUUGAUUAUACGCAAUGGAGCGAGGGCUGAAGAUUCCUCAGAACAAGUGCACCAAGACCACCAAUUCCCUCCUGAUUUCGCUCAUGAAGCAGCUAGAAAAGCUUGAGCAGAAGCAGAAGUAUGCGGCUUGGAAAGCAAUAGAUAUAAGGAAAGCUGUGAAAGAAGGAAGGAAACCUCUCGCUGGCUCCCCUGCUGGUGAUGAUGAUCUUUCAGUUCCCUCGAGUAUAACUAGUGGUUCAUAUGUAUGGUUCUAAACUUCACACUAGUUUUCUUUGAGCCUUUUGGACGAUUUGGGCUUCUCCUUCUCCUUCUAGCUAGACGAUUUGAGCUUUAUGUUUUCAAAAUAAAUCAUUAUGGAUCAAGUGUUUGAUUUCAUUUAUAUCCAUAUUUGUCAUAUCAAUAUAUUGAA